AGCAAAUUCGCUUAAGAGUACUCCUCACUUCAUACACCAAAUAGCAGUUGCGUGCUGUAUACUUGGCGAGCAUUCACUGCUACAAAAUGGAUGUAUGAUUCAUUACUACUGAUAUAUAAUUAUAUAUAUAUACUUAUCAAUUUAGUAUGCAUCCAUCUGCGAUAUUAAUUAUCAACUUGUUGAUUCUAGUUUUUAAGUUCUAUAACACGGUUAUAACUUUGUAUGAAUAUGUUACAACAGAAGACUCCUCCAGACUCCAGUUAUAAUUUGCUAAUCUGAAAUAGGUUUUUACAGAAUGUGCAUUGCAACAAGUUCUUAUAUAUUGUUACAUUUCAUGAUUUGUAUAUUUCUAAUUAUUGAGAUGGAGUCUGUAACGGCCCGGUUCCUGGCCCAUAAAAUUUUCCCAAAGAAUAUGGGCUUCUCUACGGCCCAUUUGGCAAAACCCUAGGGCUUCCCCUUCCCUUUACUAUAAAAAGAGAUGCAGUCUCCCUUUCUGCCUCAUCACAAAUCUGAAGCGAAGCUCUGCAGAGAAUUCCCGGAGGUCGAAAACCCUAGCCGUCGAGCUCUCUCUCCUUCUCUCCUGCGCCGCCUCUCUCUCUCCUCUCUCUCUCUCCCGCGCGUCGCUCUCUCUCUCUCUCCUCGCCGUCACCCUCUCUCUCUCCUUGCCGUCGCACGCUCUCUCUCUCUCUCUCCCUCUCGCCGGCGCCGUGAAGUGGUGGUGCUGACCAGAUCUCAACCUUCUCAAUCCUCGUUUCCAGAUCCAGAUCCAGAUCUAAGACUAAGGAUGUUUUCGCUUGACCAUUACGAGUGGAGGAUGCCGCGUAUGCACUACGGACGGAGGAACACCAGGGAGUACGCCCAAAGGCGUCACUAUGACAGGGAGGGUAACUUGGUGCUACCCAUGUUUCCGGAUCCUGAAGAACAGUACAGGGAGUUUCCAUUCAGGUACCCGCACGAGCAGACUGUGAAGCAUAAGGUGUUGAUGCCACAUUUCCAGAGGAUGGCUAUGGAGGAACGCCUACUGCAGGGCAAUGCGAGGUUCCAGCUGGCAACCGAAGAGGGACCCCCGAGGAAGCGUGGCCGUCCAUGCAAGACGCCAAGUGCAGCAGGGGGACCCUCAAGGGUGUUCACCGGGAAGUGCCAGUGUGGAGUGCUGAGCAAGAAUGCUCAGGAGGACCGAUCAGUCGCUGGAUACACGGAGGACUUCAUCAACCAAGCCAAGCUGUGCAAACCAAAGAAUGCAGAGACGUGGUGCAUAUGGUAUAAGAACGGGCUACGCAAGGAACUCCAGGCGCAGUUGAGGGGUGUUUUGGAGCCCUUGGAGUUCGCGCUAGUGAGGCGGAUGGCAGGCUUCGCCAUGGAGGCAGAAGAGAAGAUUGCAGCCGAUGUGGCCGCUCUCUCGAGCAUGGAAGGAGGAAACCCAGGUAGGGACGUUGAUGGCCAUGAGGUGCCGGUAGGGGCACCCGCUAAGGGAAAGCGGGGGCGUCUGCGAAAACUACCUACAGUGACAUGUGAUUGUGACGUACUGGUCCAGAUGGUUCAGAAGCCACGCAAGGUGAGAGAUUACCUGGAGGAGUUCUUGGAUACGGCCAAGAUGUGUCAACCGAAGCCAGCUGAGGAGUGGUGUCAUCUGUUUAGGGCUGGGCUACGUGGGGAUAUUCGUGAAGAACUCGUGGGAGUCCUGGAGCCUCUGGAAUUUGCACUGGUGAGAAGGAUGGCUAACCAAGCACUACACGCGGAGGAGUGGUUGGCGGAAAAGGAGGCGGAGGCCGAGGAUGACCGCGUCGCAGAGGGCGAGGAAGACCUGGGAUCCGAGUCCCGCUGCCCCUCGCCAUGUCAAUGUGGCUAGACGAGAUCCUAGGGACGAUUCGUAGGAGUAGGACACGUGUUCCGCUAUUGGUUUUAUUUCAUUUAUUGGUUAUUGGGGUUGGUGUUUUUUUUCCCUUAUUUACGGCAUUCUGUAUUUGUGCAGAUGUGCUGAGUUUUCUUUUACAAACUAUUGUAGUCCUACUCCUUUUAUUAUUUAUGACAUUCCUUCGUUGGUUUUAAAGAUUCCAGUAGAGUUAUCGUGCCAUGUAUGCCUCCCUUGAUUGUUGUGUGAAUGUGUGAAUCCAUUUUGGUAACGAACGAUUGGUCUGAAAGAUGUGGGCUUUGGAAUUCGGGGACGAAUUCCGAUUAACGGGGGAGGAUUGUAACGGCCCGGUUCCUGGCCCAUAAAAAUUUCCCAAAGAAUAUGGGCUUCUCUACGGCCCAUUUGGCAAAACCCUAGGGCUUCCCCUUCCCUUUACUAUAAAAAGAGAUGCAGUCUCCCUUUCUGCCUCAUCACAAAUCUGAAGCGAAGCUCUGCAGAGAAUUCCCGGAGGUCGAAAACCCUAGCCGUCGAGCUCUCUCUCCUUCUCUCCUGCGCCGCCUCUCUCUCUCCUCUCUCUCUCUCUCCCGCGCGUCGCUCUCUCUCUCUCUCCUCGCCGUCACCCUCUCUCUCUCCUUGCCGUCGCACGCUCUCUCUCUCUCUCUCCCUCUCGCCGGCGCCGUGAAGUGGUGGUGCUGACCAGAUCUCAACCUUCUCAAUCCUCGUUUCCAGAUCCAGAUCCAGAUCUAAGACUAAGGAUGUUUUCGCUUGACCAUUACGAGUGGAGGAUGCCGCGUAUGCACUACGGACGGAGGAACACCAGGGAGUACGCCCAAAGGCGUCACUAUGACAGGGAGGGUAACUUGGUGCUACCCAUGUUUCCGGAUCCUGAAGAACAGUACAGGGAGUUUCCAUUCAGGUACCUGCACGAGCAGACUGUGAAGCAUAAGGUGUUGAUGCCACAUUUCCAGAGGAUGGCUAUGGAGGAACGCCUACUGCAGGGCAAUGCGAGGUUCCAGCUGGCAACCGAAGAGGGACCCCCGAGGAAGCGUGGCCGUCCAUGCAAGACGCCAAGUGCAGCAGGGGGACCCUCAAGGGUGUUCACCGGGAAGUGCCAGUGUGGAGUGCUGAGCAAGAAUGCUCAGGAGGACCGAUCAGUCGCUGGAUACACGGAGGACUUCAUCAACCAAGCCAAGCUGUGCAAACCAAAGAAUGCAGAGACGUGGUGCAUAUGGUAUAAGAACGGGCUACGCAAGGAACUCCAGGCGCAGUUGAGGGGUGUUUUGGAGCCCUUGGAGUUCGCGCUAGUGAGGCGGAUGGCAGGCUUCGCCAUGGAGGCAGAAGAGAAGAUUGCAGCCGAUGUGGCCGCUCUCUCGAGCGUGGAAGGAGGAAACCCAGGUAGGGACGUUGAUGGCCAUGAGGUGCCGGUAGGGGCACCCGCUAAGGGAAAGCGGGGGCGUCUGCGAAAACUACCUACAGUGACAUGUGAUUGUGACGUACUGGUCCAGAUGGUUCAGAAGCCACGCAAGGUGAGAGAUUACCUGGAGGAGUUCUUGGAUACGGCCAAGAUGUGUCAACCGAAGCCAGCUGAGGAGUGGUGUCAUCUGUUUAGGGCUGGGCUACGUGGGGAUAUUCGUGAAGAACUCGUGGGAGUCCUGGAGCCUCUGGAAUUUGCACUGGUGAGAAGGAUGGCUAACCAAGCACUGCACGCGGAGGAGUGGUUGGCGGAAAAGGAGGCGGAGGCCGAGGAUGACCGCGUCGCAGAGGGCGAGGAAGACCUGGGAUCCGAGUCCCGCUGCCCCUCGCCAUGUCAAUGUGGCUAGACGAGAUCCUAGGGACGAUUCGUAGGAGUAGGACACGUGUUCCGCUAUUGGUUUUAUUUCAUUUAUUGGUUAUUGGGGUUGGUGUUUUUUUUUUCCCUUAUUUACGGCAUUCUGUAUUUGUGCAGAUGUGCUGAGUUUUCUUUUACAAACUAUUGUAGUCCUACUCCUUUUAUUAUUUAUGACAUUCCUUCGUUGGUUUUAAAGA